CCAAACAUCUGGAGGCUCUGCCUUCAACUUUCUUCGGUUUUAGCUAUUCGGAUCCGGGACUGAUGCUCCUCUUCCUGAAUCCACCGCGUUUAAACCCCGUUACAAACCCUAAACUUCCGUUGACGAUAGCCCGAAGACUCUCUAUCUCGCGCAUUUUUCACUCCCACCAUUUUCUUUUUUACAUAAUCUUUACUUUCCCUGAAGAAAAAUUGGCGGGUGAUAACAUUUAUUGCACUGGUCUUAGAUCGGAAAAGUGCUGGCAGUGAAAGGAAAAGAGUGCGACUAAAUAUUUGGAAAGGUCAGCUCAGGGAACUGCGCCUUAUUUGUUUUACGGGAAAGCUCAGAACUGAAGGCUUUUCUUUUUCUUGUGGUGGGAUAAGGAACUGGAAUGAUUCCUUAAAUUUAACUUCUUCCCUUCCCUGAAGCUGCGUAGUUUCAGACAGAUUGCUGAGCGCAGUUAUCUCUGGCCCUUUUUGACUCCUUUGAUACUGUAAUUCUUGAGCCUUUCCUUGCUUCACCGCGCAUUGUUGCUCGAGAAGGGUCCUUGCCAUUGCGUUUUAAGCUACUUUCGCGAGCUUAAAUAAAUUCUCAGCUGAAGCUGAUGCUUCCCAUUGAUGUUAAGAAACAGAUGAUUUGCACUUGAGUUCUGCUACAAGUUAGAGAGCUGAUGGCGUCAAAAGGUCCGAGGUCUAAGAUUGAUCACGAAAGUAGAGCAAAGCGGCAAAAGGCACUUGAGGCUCCAAGGGAGCCUCGACGCCCUAAAACUCACUGGGAUCAUGUCAUAGAAGAGAUGGUGUGGUUAUCAAAGGACUUUGAGUCAGAGAGGAAAUGGAAGUUGGCUCAGGCAAAAAAAGUUGCUUUUAGAGCUAGCAAGGGCAUGUUAGAUCCGGCUACAAGAGGUGAAAAGAAGAUGAAGGAAGAAGAGCAGCGAUUACGGAAAGUUGCACUAAAUAUUUCAAAGGAUGUUAAGAAAUUUUGGAUGAAAAUAGAGAAGCUGGUUCUUUACAAGCAUCAGAUGGAGCUUGAUGAGAAAAAGAAAAAGGCACUUGACAAACAGCUUGAGUUUCUUUUAGGUCAAACUGAAAGAUACUCAACCAUGUUGGCAGAAAAUCUUGUGGAUGCUAUUAAACCAGUUGAGAAACAGUCACCAGAGCAUCAUAGGGGUGCCCAAUACAAGGAAGUAGAUGAAGAUGUUAUCGACAAAUCUGAUGAAGCUAAUGCUGCAGAGUUUCAGUCAGAUCCUAUUGACAAUGAUGAAGAAUACGAUGUACAAUCUGAUGAUGAAUCGGAGGAUGAUGAGCAAACCCUUGAGGAAGAUGAGGCGCUUAUAACUGAAGAAGAAAGGCAAGAGGAGUUGGCAGCUUUGCAUGAUGAAGUUGAUCUUCCCCUUGAGGAGUUACUGAAACGUUAUUCUGGAGAGAGAGCAGGACCAGUUAGGCAAGAAAGUAGUCCAGAGCACAGUGAUGAUGACAAUAAAGAAGUCAGAGCCGGUGAUGGAAAUGAAAAUGGAGACAGUUUUUUAUCUGUUAACAAGCUUGACUCGAGCAACUCCAGCAUGGUCUCUGGUCGUCGUUGUGAUGAAAGUAAUGGUGGCUUAACUACACCAGCAGAGAAUAUAGCCAAAGAUAAGACUUGUCAAUCUGAAAAUCCUGAAUAUGACUUUAGUGAUGAAGAGGAAGAUGGUGACUUCUUGCUUGCCACAGAAGAUAAUGAUGAUGAAACAACCUUAUCUGAGGAGGAAAAAUUGGAAAAAAUGGAUGCAAUUGAUCCAAAGGAUGAGAUUGUUUUAUUACAAAGGGAGAGUGACAUGCCCGUUGAGGAACUCCUUGCAAUGUAUAGAAAGUAUUCCAGUGGCAAACAUAGGGAGGAUGACUCUGAAGAUGCUGCUUCUUUAUCGGAAGAUCUUUUGGAUUCUUCACUGCAUGAAGAUGAUAGGAAGAAGGUUCCUGCUGUUUCUGUGGAUGAAGAUGUUAAGCCUGUUGAGCACAUGGCUUUUGUACAGUCCCAGACUGAAGAACAACAUUGGGAAGAGCCUCAUGAAAAUGCGGAGGGAAGGGAUAGUGAAGAUCUGAUAGCAGAUGCAGCUGCUGCUGCAAGAUCAGCACAACCAACUGGAAACACCUUCUCCACAACUAAAGUGCGCACAAAAUUCCCUUUUCUUCUCAAGUACCCUCUCCGUGAGUAUCAACACAUUGGAUUGGAUUGGCUCGUAACAAUGUAUGAAAAAAGGUUGAAUGGGAUUUUGGCUGAUGAAAUGGGGCUUGGUAAAACAAUUAUGACUAUAGCUUUGCUUGCACAUCUUGCUUGUGAAAGAGGGAUUUGGGGCCCACAUCUCAUUGUGGUACCAACUAGUGUCAUGCUUAACUGGGAGACUGAAUUUCUCAAAUGGUGUCCUGCUUUUAAGAUUUUGACUUAUUUUGGAAGUGCAAAAGAGCGGAAGCUUAAAAGACAAGGAUGGUUGAAACCAAACUCAUUCCAUGUGUGCAUAACAACUUAUCGAUUAAUUAUUCAGGAUUCUAAAGUCUUUAAGCGAAAGAAAUGGAAAUACUUGAUCUUAGAUGAAGCUCAUCUCAUUAAAAAUUGGAAGUCACAAAGAUGGCAAACCCUCUUGAAUUUCAAUUCAAAGCGACGUAUUCUCUUGACUGGCACACCGCUACAGAAUGAUCUUAUGGAACUUUGGUCUCUCAUGCAUUUCUUGAUGCCUCAUGUUUUCCAGUCUCAUCAGGAGUUUAAGGAUUGGUUCAGUAAUCCUAUAUCUGGGAUGGUGGAGGGGGAGGAAAAAGUAAAUAAGGAGGUCAUUGAUCGCUUGCACAAUGUCCUUCGUCCAUUCAUACUCCGUCGCUUAAAACGAGAUGUGGAGAAGCAACUGCCAAUGAAACAUGAGCAUGUCAUAUACUGUAGAUUGUCAAAAAGGCAGCGAAAUUUGUACGAGGACUUCAUUGCUAGUACUGAGACCCAAGCCACUCUUGCGAGUGCCAAUUUUUUUGGGAUGAUUAGUAUCAUAAUGCAACUCCGUAAGGUUUGCAACCAUCCUGACCUUUUUGAAGGUCGUCCUAUUAUCAGUUCUUUUGAUAUGUGGGGCAUUGAUGUUCAGCUAAGUUCUGCUGUGUGUUCAGUGUUCUCAACUAGCCCCUUUUCUUCAGUAGACCUAAGAGGUUUGGGAUUUUUAUUUACUCAUCUUGAUCAUAGCAUGACGUCAUGGGAGAGUGAUGAAGUGAAAGCUAUUGAAACCCCUGCAAGUUUAAUCAUGGAGCGUGCUGAUAUGAAUGGCCUGCAAGUAAUUAGGCCUAAAUCGAAGGAUCAGAAAAGUUUUCAAGGAACUAACAUAUUUGAGGAAAUUCAGCGGGCAAUUUGGGAAGAGAGGCUGAGAGAAGCAAAGGAACGUGCAGCAGCCAUUGCAUGGUGGAAUUCCUUGAGAUGUAAAAAAAGGCCUGUCUAUUCAACAACCCUACGGGAUCUUCUUACUAUUAGGCAUCCUGUAUAUGACAUUCACGAUAUGAAGGCUAACCCUAGGUCAUACGUGUAUUCCUCAAAGCUAGCUGACAUUAUCCUCUCACCUGUCGAACGUUUUGAAAGGAUGGUUGAUGUUGUUGAAAGUUUCAUGUUUGCAAUUCCAGCAGCGCGAGCUUCACCUCCUGUUUGCUGGUGCAGUAGAAGUGAAACACCAGUGUUUCUUCAUCCAUCAUACAAGCAGAAAUGCUCUGAAGUUUUGUCACCCCUUUUAUCACCAAUUAGGCCAGCAAUUGUCAGACGGCAGGUGUAUUUCCCAGAUAGGCGUCUUAUUCAAUUUGACUGUGGCAAACUGCAGGAACUUGCAAGACUGUUGAGGAGAUUGAAAUCAGAAGGUCACCGAGCAUUGAUAUUCACACAGAUGACAAAGAUGCUUGAUGUACUGGAGGCUUUCAUUAAUUUGUAUGGUUACACUUAUAUGAGAUUAGAUGGAUCAACACAACCAGAAGAGAGGCAGACCCUGAUGCAACGUUUCAACACAAACCCCAAAAUUUUUCUUUUCAUCUUGUCAACCCGAAGUGGUGGUGUUGGUAUCAAUCUUGUUGGAGCGGACACAGUUAUAUUCUAUGAUAGUGACUGGAAUCCUGCUAUGGAUCAGCAGGCUCAAGAUAGAUGCCAUCGGAUUGGUCAGACACGCGAAGUUCAUAUCUAUAGAUUGAUAAGUGAAAGCACCAUUGAAGAGAAUAUAUUGAAGAAAGCAAAACAAAAGCGUGCACUUGAUGAUUUAGUUAUACAGAGUGGGGGUUAUAAUACUGAAUUUUUCAAGAAGCUUGAUCCUAUGGAAUUAUUUUCAGGUCAUAGAACACUUCAAGUGAAAAACGUGCAGAAGGAGAAAAGCCAGAUCAUUGGGGAUGAAGUUUCUGUAAGUAAUGCUGAUGUGGAGGCAGCAUUGAAAUAUGCUGAAGAUGAAGCAGAUUAUAUGGCAUUGAAGAAAGUUGAACUAGAAGAGGCUGUGGAAAACCAGGAGUUUACAGAAGAGGCCAUUGGGAGGCUUGAUGAGGAUGAGUAUGUGAAUGAAGACGAUACAAAAGUCGAUGAACCUUCAGAAUUAGCUGAAGCAGUUUCUAAGCCAAGUAAAGAGAACGCAUUAAUGUUAGUUGCAAGUGAUCCUAAGGAAGAAAGACCUCUCUCCGUGUCUAUCAAAGAAGAUGAUGCUGACGUGCUGGCUGAUGUCAAACAGAUGGCUGCUGCGGCUGCAGCGGCUGGACAAGCUAUCUCAGCCUUUGAGAACCAGCUACGCCCAAUUGACCGGUAUGCCAUUCGUUUUCUGGAGAUGUGGGAUCCAAUUAUAGAUAAAGCAGCCUUGGAAUCUGAAGUCAGGUUUGAGGAUACAGAAUGGGAAUUGGAUCGUAUUGAGAAGUACAAGGAGGAUAUGGAAGCUGAAAUUGAUGAAGAUGAAGAGCCUCUUGUGUAUGAAAGAUGGGAUGCUGAUUUUGCAACUGAGGCAUAUCGGCAGCAAGUAGAGGCCUUGGCUCAACAUCAGUUAAUGGAGGAACUUGAGAAUGAGGCCAAGCAGAAAGAAGAGGCUGAUGAAGAAAAUUGUGAUCCUGGAAAAAUUCAAACACCAAAGGAUUCUAAGCCCAGACCUAAAAAGAAACCCAAGAAGACCAAGUUUAAGUCCUUGAAGAAAGGAUCUUUAGCCUCUGAAUCCAAACCUAUGAAAGAAGAACCACUGACAGACCCAAUGUUAACAGAUGAUGAGGUUGUCGCUAGUCUGGACCUGGUGUCUCCAAAUUUAACUAUUCAGAAAAAACGUAAAAAGCCUAAGUUUAUAGCUGAUGGCGAAGAGAAGACACUAAAGAAGUCCAAGAAGACUAAGAGGGCUGCUGAUAUCUGUGCUUCAGAUUCAGAUAAUGCCUUGUUAGGUUUGCCAGAUGAACAUGCAGAAUCAAAGCAAUGUGAAGGCACAGUUGAAUCUGAACAGAAACCUCCCAGCAGGAGUAAAAUGGGAGGGAAAAUAUCCAUAACCCCUAUGCCCGUCAAACGGAUCCUGACAAUAAAACCAGAAAAGGUGAAGAAGGGUAAUGCUUGGUCCAAAGAUGGGGUUCCAUCAGCUGAUUAUUGGCUGCCGCAGGAAGAUGCAAUUUUAUGUGCAAUUGUUCAUGAAUAUGGUUCUAACUGGAGUUUGGUUAGCGAAACACUCUAUGGUAUGACUGCUGGUGGAUCAUACAGGGGCAGAUACCGUCAUCCUGUCCAUUGCUGUGAGAGAUUCAGAGAACUAGUUCAAAAAUAUGUUUUGUCAACGGCAGACAAUGCUAAUCAUGAGAGGGGCAACAAUCCUGCCUCUGGAAAGUCUCUUCUGAAAGUGACGGAGGAUAAUGUUCGGGUGUUGUUAGAUGUUGCUUCUGAGCAGGAAAAUAGGGAGUUAUUACUGCAGAAGCAUUUUUUUGCUCUGCUUUCUUCUGUCUGGAAGGCAGCAUCACGUGUUGACCGAACGCGAAAUCCGCCCCCAGCACAAAAUGGCCACUAUUUUGAUCAUAGCUUCUUUACUCCCAUGGGUCAUAAUUCUCAGAGUCUUCUGAAGAAGCCUUCUGAAAGGAUGAUUGUCACUAAUCUGGCCCAGAGCAGAAAGUUAUUAGCUGCUGCACUUGAUGACACCAGCAGUAGGCAACAGGAUGAUAAAAUGUCUCUCUCAAAUCAGGGUGACGAUGUGCCAGUGACUACUGAUCAGCUGGAUGUGACAGUGGAAUUCCCGAAAGACGAGAGUGACACCUUAAUCUCGUUUCCUUCUGUUAUAAAUUUAUCCAUACAGGGGACAGAGCCCUUACCAUCGUUAAUUUACCCAAAUGGGGAAGAUGAUCAUCUUAGAGCCUGUGGAUCUAUUGCUGAGGACCGCUUCAGGGAGGCAGCCAGAGCUUGCGAGGAAGAUAGUUGUGGAUGGGCUUCAUCAGUAUUCCCGACAAAUGAUUCAAGGUCAAGACCGGGAUCUAAGAUACAAGCUUCAGGAAAGCAUAAGUCUUCCAUCUCAGACUCCAUUAAGCCUUCUAAGUCGAAGUCCAAACGAAAUUCAAUGGAUCCCAGUGACAUGCGUCACCAACGGGUUGAGCCAUUAUCCCAGUCAGUGCCAUCACUCAAGCUAAAUCUGAGAAUCGAUCUUAAUUCAUCAGCAAUGGACGAAACGGUGGUUGAUUAUAUGGAUUGCAAUCUGCCCUUCGUCCUAAAUGAGGAAAAUUCGUUGGAAACAGAAACUAUAGAUAUGGUCCCACAUGAUUUCGUUGCUGGCUUAAUCUCAGGCCUCGAUGAUUGUUCAGAAUUGCCGGAGUAUACUGACAUUGGAUAAGACCGCCAAAGCCAAGCGUGAUUUGAACAUCUGAAUGUUCCAUCGUCACCACUGAUUACUGGGUCAAUCCAUGAAUCACCAAGGGCCGGGAAAUCGUUCGAUAUGUUGUUACCGAGCUCCUGUAGCAUGUGACAUUUGGAUUCAUCGUUUUCAGAAUGCAAAAAACAGGUUGAGGUCAAAUUACUCGACCACUUUUUGGCAAGAUGGGAAAAUUAUGUCAGAGGGAGCAUCCACGCGAGCCUGCAGUACAGAACGGUAGAGGUUCAGGAUACCGAAAGAUUGAGAGACAGAUGUAGAACGUAAGAUCCAUAUUUUUUUAUGCUGAUUUAAGGCUUCAGUUCAAAUUUUGACGGAGUAACUUUUCCCCAUGUGAAGAACUGAGGUAUUAUAGUUAUGGCGUUAAAGAAAAGGUGACGUCCCUUAAUCUGUCUCGUGAUGUGCACAUAUAUGCAAUGCUCUUGCCAUUUAUAACAUCUGGAAUUAUUUAACAUGAAAGAAAA